CUUUGGUUUAGUUUGUCGUGGAAAAUCGUGAGGGAAGGACGUGCGUCAUGUCUGUUGCUUAUAAACUUGGUGAUCUAGUUUGGGCCAAAAUGAAGGGCUUCAGCCCAUGGCCCGGCCGGGUAGCCAUACCUACUCCUGAGCUGAAGCCUCCUAAGAAGGCAACUAAUGUGCAAUGCAUUUACUUCUUUGGCACCAACAACUAUGCCUGGAUAGAGGAGAACAACAUCAAGCCGUACCAGGAAUUCAAGGAGCAGCUGAUCAAGUCCUGCAAGACUCUGGCUUUCAAGGAAGCCGUCAACCAGAUCGAAGAGUAUAUUGUCAAUCCGGAGAAAUUUGGUGACAUCGACGAGCACGCGAUCAACGCUGAAGAAGAAUUCGACAAGCUGAAGGAUGUGCUGGAGAGCGAGGACGCGGAGCCAGAGGAGAAGGCCGAGGAAGAUGCGCCCGCUGAUGAGAAGAAGAAGAAGAGCUCCACGCCCAAGAUUCGUUUGGGCAUUUCAAAGGUGAAGCCUAUGAAACGGUCUUCGUCGAGCGGAGUCAAGGUACCCCGGAAGAAGACCAAGUCGAGUCUCUCGCGUUCCUUCACCGACAGCGACGGAGACAAGCCUUCGAUGCUCAACCACUCCUUCUCCAAGAAGUCCAGCUUGCUGCAUCGCCCGUCUAAUAUAUUGAGACCUGACACUCCACCUCUAGACUUGGAGAAUGUCUCCGAAACCCUACUGGAGAAGAACAUAAAGGCGAGUCAGAUGAAGUUCGGCUUCCUCGGUCUAGGUAUCAUGGGUAGCGGCAUCGUGAAGAAUCUACUUAAUUCUGGACAUAAGGUGCUUGUGUGGAACCGUACUGCUGUUAAGUGUAAAGACUUCGAGAAGGUCGGCGCGACGAUCGCAGUGACACCUUGCGACGUGGUGGAGGAAGCUGACAUCACCUUCUCAUGCGUGGCCGAUCCUCAAGCGGCGAAAGAGAUGGUCUUCGGCAACUGCGGCGUGCUGCACUGUCCCUCGCUGGAGUCCAAGGGUUACGUGGAGAUGACGUCCAUCGACGCUGACACGUCCCACGACAUCGUUGAAGCCAUCAGCGGGAAGGGCGGGAGAUAUCUUGAGGCGCAGAUCCAAGGGUCUAAAACGCAAGCGGAAGAAGGUACGCUGAUAAUCCUGGCGGCGGGCGACCGCUCGCUGUUCGACGACUGCCAGUCCUGCUUCAAGGCCAUGAGCAAGAACUCCUUCUACCUUGGUAGUGACAUCGGCAACGCAUCAAAGAUGAACUCCGUCCUUCAAGUAGUGGGCGGUGUUUCUCUCGCCGCGUUGGCCGAGGGGCUGGCGUUAGCUGACCGCGCGGGACUCAACCAGGCUGAUCUACUGGACGUCCUCGCCCUCACUCCGCUGGCGUCGCCGCAUCUCAUACUGAAGGGGAGAGCGAUGAUCGAGUCGUCGUACUCGACGCAGCAGCCGCUGUCGCACAUGCAGAAGGACCUGAAGCUGGCGCUGGGUCUGGGCGACGCGCUGGAGCAGUCGCUGCCGCUGACGGCGACCACCAACGAGAUCUUCAAGCACGCCAAGCGGCUCGGCUACGCCAACCACGACGUCGCCGCUGUCUACAUCCGCGCCAGGUUCUGAUCCGGAAACUAACGUAUCCGCUAUGUUCACUGAUGAUACGUCACUAUCCAGUAUAGCGAAUUUUUUUAAACUUUUUAUUUACCAAGCUCUCCGUAUCUAUAGACAAAAUUUAUUGAUAUAUUAAUUUAUCAAACCUUAUAACAUUCAAUAAACGUUUGAUUUUUUAAACGUUUUUAAAAAAAUAGCAUAAAAUAUUAGGCGUAUUGUGACUGAUUAAUUACAGGACUUUUGGAGCUUAAUAUUGUGUUUCAAUAAUUAUAAUUUCAGUUAAAUAACAAAUUUUUAUAUGAAAUUGUGUAAGCACCCAGGUGUUGCAAAUAUAACUCUUGAUCUGGCUCCAUUUUUACUCAAAAUAGUAUUGUAUUUACUCUAAAAUUAUGUCGCAAAGAACAACUGUAAAGUAUCGUGUAUAACUCAUCCAAGUUUGAUUCAAAAUUAUUGACACAAAAAACUGCUUUAUACAUUAUCAUCAAUGACCUCCAUUAUUUUUGACAAAAAUAAAGAUACAUGUAGUUUUAAAAUACACAUAGAACAUAGUAUAUAUGUUGUAAAAUCAAACGGUGAAGAUAAAAAUAUAUUUUUAAAUCAAUGUGACCAUUCUCCAAUAUUGAUUAGUUUUAAGGAUUAUUUUAACGUUAAUGGAAUGAUAUGAGCACUUUUUUUAUUUGUAAUUUAGUAUGAAUGAGUGUACAGGUCAGUUUCUCAUUUGGUUUUGCACUUGAUUUUUAAAUGUAGUACAUAGGCUUCAACGUUGCAUUUAAAGUCUCAUAAGUAUACGUUAGACAUUUUGCAAUAGAUAUUCAAUAUCCUGUAUAAAUCCAUCCUUUUGUGUAGAAGGCGAAGUGCGCGUCAAAAUUGACGAUGGUGAUUGAACUUUAUCAUUGUAACUUUGUUUUCACCAAGAAACAUUGACACACAACACAUAUAUGCUAUCUUACUCACAGCGGUCGAAGGAAGUGAAAUGGCACUACGUGUUUCCUACUCAUAUUAAAGUGCACUGAGCGAAAUAGCGCGAUUAUGUGGUGCGUCAAUUUCACUAGUGUAAACAAAGCCUGUUAUUGAUAAAAUAUUAAUAUUACAUCAAUGAUUCGCAUUCGUGUCUUAUAUAUAAGGUAUAAUAUAAUAUUUCGACAAAGCAAUGCAAUUUAUUUGCGACGCUCAAAUAAAACAUGUGUUAACAAACUGUUAAUUAUUUUUGCUUUGCUAAGGAAAAAUAAAUCACGUAAAAAGAUACUACUUUUUAACAUGUUUUAUAUGUUGGUGAAGUUGACUUGCAUUUUGUGCAUUGCAUUGCUUUUAAAAUUGAUUUUAGAAACGCACUCAUGUUUGAACUAAGUUUGUACCUAUGUUGUUGGUAGGUAAUGUAAAAUGUGCAAAUCAUUUCGUAUUUCACAAUGUAAAUGAUUGACAUCAGACGAAACAAAAAUAAAAUAAAUGUAAUUUA